CCUAGAACGCCUGACGAAAACUGUUCUUACAUGCAAAAUGUGCCUUUAGGAUGGAAUCUUCCAAGAAGAGAAAGGCACAUUCCACGAACGGGGCUUCAAAAAGCUUUAAGAAGCCAAAGAGUGAUUUCAAGGGUGAACUUUUGAGUCACUAUUUCCUCUCAGAGGAAUUUAAAGCAAAAUUUAUCGGUGCAUAUAGGUAGGUUAGAGUAUUGCGAUACGUAACGUACGUGAACACAUGUUUAUUUUUUACGCAAGCUUAAUCGUUCCUCUGUAAAAUGCAUAUGGCUCCUAAUUGAAUGAAUUCCACAUAUUUUUUUCAUAUAGGAAUGAAGAGGAUUUUAAUGGUAAGUACCGACAACCUGAAUGUUCUAACACAUUUAAAGUGAAAGUUUUCAUUUAACCUAGCCUAACAGGACCUAAUUAAACAUUCAUGAACGACCACAGCAGAGCACUUGAUAGUUUUCUAAAUUAUUCCGAUGGCUUCACUUGUCAAUCAUUGUAAACAAUAUUUUUCCAGCAGAAAUAAUAAACUAGUAAAAAAUGCACAGACAUGGAAUAAAAACUGCACGCAUAAGUAUGAUCGCUUAUGUAAGGGGUAGACAGCUACCCCAUCCAGCCUCCAGAGUACUUUAGUCACGUGACCAUCAGGGGGACGAGAAAAUUGGACCACGAGGUCAAAGUUAAAAAAAUAGAAUCUUUGAACAAUACUUGUUUCUUUAAAUAUUUGUCUUCACAAGCGAACCCAACACUUACCUGGGAAUCCCCCUUUUCAGUUCCAAAGUUCCAACUUGUAAUUCUUCCUUAUAGCUGUUAUAUAUUUCAAAGAAAAAAUCAGAUAAGGGAAUCUAGAUUCUUAUCAAUAUAACACUCUCCAGUUGAUAGGUAUUUACAGUGCGAUUCAUUAACCCUUUACACCCUAAAAUCAGUAAGCAUAUUCUCCAUACUAUUCUUUAAGAAUUUCCUAAGAUGCUUCUAUAAUGGUUGAUCAGCUUCUUUAUUCUCCUGACCUUAAUGUUUGAUUCAGGGGUGAUAUGGUAAGGAGAAAUCAGAUGCUAGUUACUCUUACAGGUUAAAGGGUUAAAACUGGAGGGAGAAGUUACAUUUCCAUGUAGUUUCUGGGAGUUAACUCUUUGACCUCAAAGAGUGACUAGAACCUUAUAUCUCCCCUCACAGUAUCACCCCUGAACCACACAUUGAGGAUACAAGAAUAAAGGAAAUGAUCAAUAACAAAAAAGCUCUUGAUUGUUAAAUAAAUUCUCCUUGUCAGUUCCUUGGAAAAUGUAUGGAGAACAGUAUGGAGAAUGCAUGCUGAUGUUGGGCUGUAAAGUGUUAAACAGUAGCAAAUUACAGGAAGCAUUAAACAAAAAUGUUUACUAUCAUGAUUGGUAUAAACCAUUCUUAGUACUUUGCAAUUACGUCUUCAACCAUUUGACCUUUUAACUCCCAGGAGUGAUUAAUAUGUAACCUCUCCCUAUAAUAUCCAUACAUUAUUUGCCAAACAGGUAAUGAGAAUACUUAAAGUCAUCAGGUACAAGAUAUUACCUUGAUUGAACACCAAAUUCUCGUAACCAAUUUACAAGGAAAUGUGUAGCAGCUAAAGGGGAGAAUUAACAAUCAGAUCUUGGGAGUCAAAGGGUUAAGGAAAUAGAUUAACAUAUUUUCAUUUUUUUUUCCCUUUUUCUCCAGAGAAUGGAUGUAUGAUUCAUACCAAACCAUUCAAGUGCUGCUUUAUUCCUAAUUUCAUAUCAGAUGAGGAAUUUCUAAAGAGUUUAGAGCAAGAUCUUCUCAAGUUAAAAUUUUUUGAAAAAUCAAAUGAUUUAUAUAAAUUUCAUCAGGUAAAUGUUUGCUGUAUCUUAAAUUCAAAUAUUUGAAUUAUCAUUUAACUCGUUUUCCCAUGGCCUUUUGAGAAUUUUUCAAUUUAAUUUCAAUUUCAGAGUGAUGACCUUAAGAAGUCUUCAAAGUUGAGCAUAUCUUCUUUAAGGUACUGAUAACUGGAGGAUAUAUAACCUUUUUACUUCCAUAUACAAUUUUUUCAUACAGUGUUUGGCAAAAUGUAUAUGGUGCUCACAGUCUUAGUAUCCAAUAUGUAUUUGGAAACUUUUCAUUGUCUUAGGAUUUAUACUUGUGAGACUUUUGUCUUUUUUUUCUCUAUUCAGGAAUACUCUAUACAAUGACUUUAGAAGAUGGCUUCAUGAGAUCACAGGGUUUGUUGAUCUGACUGACCAAGUGGAUAUGUCCUGUGCUAAAUAUGAGCAUACUGGUAAAAAUCUGUGAUAAAUUAGUUCAAUAUGGCUAUGAAAAGAUUGUAUGUAAUAAACUGGAGAGUUUUACAAGGAUUUCUAUCCUUGAAAAAACUUUUAACUGCACACAUGUAAAAUCGCAAUAAUUUCUUUAUGUCUGUUUGAUAUCACCAAUCAGCAACUGACAUAUCAUUUACCUUUCACAUUAGGAUGUUGAAAGAAUUGCAAAGGCUUGACUCUUCUCAGUCCAAGCUUGUUCGUUUAUUGAUUGAUAAAGUUGACUUUUCUUAUCAGUAAAAAUUUUUCAGUGUUUAUGGAAUAAGCAAGAUAAUACAUGGUUGCUUGUAGAUAUGGUCAAUGUUCUCAUGGUCAAUGUCUUGUUUGUGAAGAGAAAUGUUUGGUAUCCAAACAAGCAAAUUUAAUAUCCACAAAAUUUCAAGACAACCUAUGACAUAUAAUCUUCACACAUGAGUUCCCUAUUCGUUACAUGCCUCACCUUAAAUAUCGUCUCAGCGUUAGCAUACGUAAUUACAUUAUCACAACUAUUUGAGUUGUUAAUGACAUUUUCACAAGUAUGCCAUAUCUUGACAGCUAUGCUAUGAAAUACCAUAAGUUUCUAUAAUUGCCCAUGUAUUAUUCUUUAUUUGAAAUGGUUCGAUAUAAAAAAAACUGGGAUAUAGAAGAUGGAGAAGCUUCAGAACAAUUACGUCAGAAGAGAAAUAGCUUUUAUUUGGAGAUAACCCUAGAAGUUUCAUUCUUUUUCUCUUUAGAAAAAGAAAGAAUUUCACAAAGCUUCAAUGGAUGAUUUCAAAUCCUCUGUUUAUUCAUUUGCAAAAAUUAUGUUUUUAACUAAUGACAAAGAACACUGAGGGAAGGGAGUUGUCUCUAAGCAGAAAAUCCUGUUCCUCAAAAGUUACAUGAAGCAAGAGCAGCCAGUUUCUCUGCAGAGAUAGUCAAGGAUCAUCUCUUACUGAACCCUUAUAGGAACAUUUAGUCUACUUUUAGUGGUCAAAUUUUAUGUAUAAAUAUUAGAUGUCUUGAGAUGUCUUGAGAUGUCAAUUAUGUCUUUUGUUUGCUGCCUACAUGUAGAUGUUCUUCUGUGCCAUGAUGAUGAACUUGAAGGGAGACGAAUUGCUUACAUAUUUUACCUAGUUCCUCCUGACUGGGAGGCUGAUGAUGGUGGUAUGAUUCUAUUUUUCUUUUAAAAUAAGUGUGUUAAUUUGUUUUCUCUUGAAAAUUAAAGCUAGUAGAGUAAACCCUUAAACAGUAUUGGGUAGCUAUUAUAAUGAUUGUACGACUAAUUUUUUAGUUACAUAGUGACUGAUGAGUAUAUAAUCAUUCAACCCUUGAACUCCCAUGAGUGACCAAGAGAGAAUUUCUCCUUACAAUAUCAAUACAAUAUCAAGCAGACAAGUCAUGAGAAUAAAGAAAAAAAUAUCAAUAAGGGAAUUAUAAGUUCAUCCAAUCCCAAAUUCUCCAAACUAACAUCACUAGAACUAUAUGGCAGACAGUAAGGAGAAUUACCAAUAAGAUCUUGGGAAUUAAAGGGUUAAGGGAAAAGUAUACUGCAAUUUAUGUGAGAAGUGGUGGCAUAAUGAUAAGUGGGCUUGGUUGGGCUGGGUUGUUCAUAGCUGGGUUUAACCCAGGGUAAGCAUGAAAUUUGAUUUCAGAUCUUAAAGCUUGAAUAGAAAAAUUCAGUUUAUUCAUUGUUUUUGUUUACAAAGUGAUGAUUGGAUCCUCUAAAAAGAGUGGGGAAAAUUAUCUGAAAAAGGCCCUUGAAUAUAGAAAUAAAGUAACCUGGAUUAAAAUUUAAUCCUGGGUUUGUGCUAAUCUACCUUUAAACAAUUGGGCCCUGAACCCAUUAGUCAAGAGGUGUGGACAAACACUUUACUCUUAAAGUGCCUUUUUCCACCCAUGAGUAGAAGCCUGGCAAAAUUCUGAGGGGGUAACCUUGUGCUGGAUUAGCAUCCUGUCUAGGGGGGAGUAGUGAUACUCUUAGUUGUUUCAUGCCAGGGAAACUGUGAUAAGCUCUGGUUGGAUGGAUUACAUAAUGGCUGUAGCAUAGAAAUUACCUUUUUUUUUUUUUACUUUAAAGUAAUAAAAUAAAAAAGCAGAGCAUGUAGGAGAAAUCUUCACCAUCACCUAGACAACUGUAUUUCUUGUUCAUUUUUUUCCAAAGUAUGUGUAUUCAACCUUUAAAACCAGGUAGAAUAUGUUUCAAAUGAAUUUAGGAUUGAGAAGAACUUGGGCAACUAAAAUCUGGCAUGCUUUUUAUUGCUUUCACAAUUUCUUUGUGACAUUUAAACAUGUUUACAAAUAUUGUUUACCGUAGUACUGAUUAUUGUUUUCCAUUUACUUUUUUCACAGGAACCCUGGAUCUCUUUUGCAUUGAUAGUAAGUGCGUGAUCAAUAUAUUCAAUUACAAAAUACAUAAAAUUAUUAAAAAGUGUUGCGCUAUAUUUGAAUGAAUGAAAUGUUGUUAAAAAGGGCAUUUUGAAGAAGAAAUGAGGGAAUGCUUUGAGGAAUUGGGAAAUAGUGCUCAUAAAUGAUUCCUUGUUCCUUUUAGUCAGUCCCCCCAUUAGGGCACCACUUAGGGCACCAACCCGAGUGUAACAAGAAAUUAUUUAUACAAAUUUAAGAACUGAUAUCUAAUUGUUAUUAAGAAUACAUUCAAUAUUCACUUGUAUAAAGAAGUUGAUUUACAUCUACAAAUUUGUCACAAUUGCCUAUUUUAUAGCUAUUAUUCAUUGCGGUCUAAUGACAAAUUUAUUUAUGAUGUCAAAUUUUUUUGCAGAACAUGGUCAGCCAGAUCAGAUCACAAAAUCUCUGGUUCCACAGCAGAACUCAUUGGUGUUUUUUGAAGUUACACCUGUUUCAUUCCAUCAGGUCUGUGUUAGCAGUAAACAGUUCCUAACAACUUCAUGUGAUAAUGAUAAAACCUCAUCUUAUACAACCUCAUAUUAUAAACACGGUCUUCCUUGGGAGUUCUUGUAAGUGAGUAAUUACAGUGGCAGUUGAUUUACUUUACAAUUAUAAAAGUUUAUUGUUAUUUAUUUUAAUUUUAAGUUGGUUGUCAACCUUAGGUAUUAGUUAAUUACUUUAGUUAAUAAUGCAGUAAUAGUACAGUCUAAAAAUUAUCAAUUUUUUUUUUCUCAAAAAUUUUUUAAUGUUCAGACUCUAGGCAUCAGAGUGUGGAAUUCAAAGGACUCAAAAUUUUUUCUUUGUACCAUGCCAGAGACAUGACAAAAAAGAACAUCUGCUUUGAGGGAAUUUUUUUAUUUUUGUUAAAAAAAUUUCCAUGAACCUUGACUUUUCCUUCUUUUAGGUUUCAGAGGUGUUGUCUCUCAGUAAAACCAGACUGUCAAUUAGUGGAUGGUUCCAUGGGAAUAUCAUUGACAGGCCCACACCAUAUCAGGAACCACACCCAAAAUCACUCAAACCCUGCACUUUAGAGGUAAAUGAGAGACAACCCUAGGAAUAAUAAUGAAAUGUGCAAUCUAAAAAUGUAAGUUUUGGGGCUCAUACAUAGUCAGCAAUCUUUUUGAGGGAUCUAAUGGAAAUUUUCAAACUAAUUUCAGGACCUGGAAAAAGUGUGGUAGAGUGGUAAAACAGAAAAAAGUGUGAUAUAUGUUUUUCCUUUGUGCAGCAUUAGGUUGCACUUUUCGGUUAAAAAGCUCACAAGGUGUUAUUAGCAUGGCAUAAGGAAUCUUUCAUUUUUGAGUAAAACCUUGACAACCUCAGCUCUGCUUAUGGUACAUGAUCUGUCUCCUUAAAAUUGAAAAUAAUAGUGUAGUUAAAAUCUUCAGUUUUGUGCUUAAAAUGUGAGUAGUCUUUGAGAGGUGAUAUUUCAGCAUUAAUCUCUUUCUUUUGUUCUGUUUCAAGGAUGAGGCACUCGUUGAUUGGGUCAAUCCUAUGUACCUUGACACAGGUGUGGUCAAAGAUAUAAGAGCAAGGUUUAAAGAUGAAUCUGAAAUACAGUUACAAGAAUUUCUUUUGGUAAAUCUCCACCUCAUAUCUACAUUUGUAACUUUUUCGUUAUUGACUGACUGAGAGUGCCAGAGGGUAAAAUAUUUGGUCCAAUUUUGUGAACUAUGGGUUAAGCUUAGUAACCAGCCUGACCUUAGACAAUAGACAAUAUGCACAAAUCAGAAAACCAUCACUCCUUCUAUUUUAUCCUUUCUUAUGGUGCAUUACAUAUUGUGGGGCCAUAUGUUGGGCUGUGCGGCUUUAUGCAACCCGUCACACGUAGGCCCACGUAGGAAUUUCACAAAAUCGUGUCUUUUUUCUUUUUUCUUGAGGGGGGGGGGGCGUAUAGGUCAAAUGAGACCUAGAUUCAGUCCCUGUAUUUGUAAUUCUUUAUAGGAGAAUAAAUAUGGAGAAAUUCUGGAAGCAUUGCGUGAUGAUAAGAUAAAAUGGAAGUAUCAAGGACCAGCAAAUAAGAGGUAUAGGGUUUGCGCUUUUAUUUAUGAAACUAAACUUCUGCAAGUAUGUAACUGAAGAGACAACGAUAUGGUCCAUUAUAGACUGUGGCACUGAUACAUUGAAUAAAACCAUAGUGUACUUAGCACCUUUUCAAUGGAAAGGAUGAAGCAGUUCUGUCGUGCAGCACUGCUUGAAGUGCUGUGACAAAGGAGCUUUGGUUGUUAAAUUUUUACUGACCUUCAUUAUAUUGGAAUUGCUACUGAAUUUACGAGGUAACACUCAUAGCUAACUCGCCAUAAUAACAGAAGAUAACUAUUUUAGUUUCACUUUGAGAAAACAGUGCUUAAGUUAACAUAAAAUUUCAUUAAAAACAACUUCUACUCAUCUACAUGCAUUACUCAGUGCAAGCCACGUCACGCAUUAAGCAGCUGUUUGAGCAUGGGAUAUAUAUCUACAGUUUUGCAUAUGAGGUUAAGUCCAUGCGAGUUUCCUCUCUAUGGCGCAUAGCCCUAUUUUCUUAAGUAUGGGGCUCCGCUCGAGCUCUGCCCUUAAUAUGUUUUUCAGUUAAAAGCUACUUCCAAUGGGAAUAGUGCAUUUGUGUGUUGUUGUCAUUGUUGUCAUUUGUUAUUAUUAUUUUUUUUAUACAUAUCUAACUGACGGUCCUGGAUUAAACGGGUCUUUUUUUUGCAGACAUUUUGAGCAAGCUAACACAGAGUCAGCUCCAUCUGUUGUACAACAGCUCAACAAGCUACUUCAAUCUAAGCCAAUGUUCAAAUUACUCAGAACAAUGACUGGACUGGAAAUGGCUGAUGUACCACUCAGUGAUGAUGAGGAUGAUGAUGAUGACGACAGUGAAGAGGAGGAAAACAGUGCAGUAAGGAAGUUAUCAUUUAUUUUAUUGCACUAGCAAAAAAACAGACAUGGAAAAAAAAACGGACAUGCAGUCGAUAUAAUUGAAAGUAAAAAAACAAAGAAAUAAUAUUGAACGAUCAUACAACUGUAAUUAAUCCAUGUAGCUUUACAACAAUAAAACAUUAUUUGAUUCUCAGCUGAUCUAGCACUUGUAUUCCUAAAGUAAUCUCCAGCCCACGUAUGUUAACAUAUUUCGCAUAGCAUGGCACUUAAGUCUCUUACAUGCCGCUGUGUUACAAAUUCUUUCUUUAAUUUACUUUUGUAGGAGACCAGUAAUAACAGAGGCGAAUCUUCAAAGCGAGGCCCUUGUUGCCAUGGUAGCAUCAGACGCUGGACUCACGGUUGUUAUACUUUAGUUCACGACACUGAUCCUGAAGGCGAAGAAUUUGCUUUGGACGUCAUGUUAUACGUUGGUGGAAAAGGUGAUGUUCAAACGGAAAACAAAAUUUUGAUAGAACUUUUAUAUCUGAUUUCGCUUGCGUCUCUUUUAACCCACAAAGAUAUUCGAACGCAAAGUUAAAAAUAGCUCCUAUUCACAACAAAUUGAAAUAUUUUAACUUUACUUACGACAAAAGCUCAGUUUUGGCCUUUCGCUCGAACGUGGUACUAAAACACCGUUAAAUUUUAAAAAUACGUCAAACGUACUCAAUCAAUUUCUUCCUGUUUUUUGUUCUGAGGUACAUUACCAAAGGCAUUGCACAUUACCUUUUCGACCUCUACGGAAACUGAAUGCCUUUGGGAGAUUCCGAAGUAACAGACUGCAAACUGAAUAGCGGUACUAAAAUAUUCUUUUCAUUCAUGGUCAGGGUGGAAAACCGAUUAUGGUGGUUACACCACGUAUUUAACGAGCGGCGAAGAUGAGGAGGUGAGCAUUUUUCGUUACCCCGGCAAUUCUGCUCGUGGAAAACAUUACUCCUUUUCCACCCACUGACUAGCACUACAAUUUACUGUUCUAUAGGUUACUAUUUUCUUAGUAAUUAACUGAGUUGAUAAAGUAAAUUGGCCACCAUUAAGAGUUUCAAAGCUGACGUUUCGAGCGUUAGCCCUUCGUCAAAGCGAAAUUUUAUUAAAGUUGCAUGGGCGAAGAUUGGCUUUGUGGUCAUUUAAGUUGAAGGUGGAUCAAAACUGUUUCGCUAUAUUUGAUGCGAAUUCUCGGAUGGAUGGAUACUGCAAUUCUUUGUAACGAUUUUCCUUUAAAUGGUUGACAGUUUUGGCACAAAUAGUUACCACGACAACACCUGAAUUCUUACCGAACCUCCUGUAUUUUAAGAUGACGGUUUAGUUUUAUGAAACGGAGUUGAUAAUGGAAAUUAGCCACCGUAAAGAGUUUCUUAAGCUGACGUUUCGAGCGAUAGCCCUUCAUCAGAGUCGAGGUUUAUAAUUAUGAGCAAAUAAAAAAGAAUCAAACGAACGAGCUAAUGGACUCGGAAAAAAACCUAACCAAAAGCACUUGUUCCUUUAAACUUCCUGCCUAAUUCUUCCUUUACUGUUGAUCAUAGCUUCUAACAGUCCAUCCUCAAGAGAAUUCUUUGGCCUUGGUUUACAGAGACAAGGAGACAGUGAGAUUUGUGAAACACGUGAAUCACUCGGUGCAAACUGACGAGGGAACGGCAAAUAGAGACAGCAAAUUCUUUGACUUCUCUUUCGUGUAUUUUGAAUGAGAUUCUUACGAAAGUUACUCAUAUGAGUCAAGACUCAAAAAUUUUAUCAGUCGUCACUUGGUGUAUUGCUCACUGGAGGCACGCAGCAGCAAGAAGACAGUGACAUUUGAAGGUGCAUUUUUCGACGCAUUCAUUGCGUCUAGCCAGUCUCCUUAGAAGGCUGUUCUCUAGUCUUCAGUCAAACGUUUUGAAGAAAAACAGCGAUUGCCAAGUAAGGUUCAUGACUCACUAGAUGAGAUCGAAAUAUUGGCAGUUCUAUCCCGCUUUUUGAUUUAAUCCUUUUUUCCCUACCGCAUGUCUCAGAGAUUCUUUCGGAAAGAAUUUUUCGUUGGCUAAGACCUGUUACUCUACAGCCGUAUUAGAUCAUCUGCUGAUUCAAAAAUGAGAAGUACCUCUCCGGACUACGUGAAGUCCUUCUCCGUUCUCGGAUUGGUCAAACUUAAACUCGGGCCCUUCUAUGAAUGGUGACGUAACCCAUAGACUCAGUGACGCCCUCCUGGAUCCCAGUCUUCUCGCGGAUAACGGAGGCAUAGUUGAUGAAUUGGGCUUCAACAUCGAUGAAAGCCACAUUGGUAUAUCUGACGUCACUUUGAUGUAUAAUGCUUUGCAAAAUGCAACAUGUGAACUUUGUCAGACGAAGUCCAAUGUAGUGAUUUUUGUCCCACCGGUAGCUCCAUUAAGUCCCAAGAAAUGAUCUGCAGAAAAUAUGUUUGCGAUGCCAACCUAUCAGAUUUAACAAUAUUACAUAGAGCAAGCAUGGACGUUGAUAGAAAUCCGACAGUGAAUUCUGUAAAAGCUAACUACGAUACAAAAAAAG